CUGAGAGAAAGACUCAGGGAGCGAGCGCGCAGGGCAGGAGCGGGGCGGGUACCCGCCGGAGCGCGGAGGAGGCUGGGCUGGGGCGCCGGUGGAUGCGCAGCGCUGCGCUCCGGGAGGCUCAGCCGGGGACGCUGUGUGAUGUGAGCGGCCGGGCGGCCGAGGAGAGCAGUGCCGAGAGGAGGAGCGAGCGGGUCCGGGAACCGCGGAACCCAGCGGGCCAGCCAUGAGAGCCGCUCCGGAGCGGGCAGUAGCUCGCGUGGGCCGGCGACGCUGAGCACCUAGCCACGGCGGGACCCGACUGGACGGGAGCGGAGGCUGCGCGCGGAGCCGCCUGCCUUCCCCGGGCCACGUAGGGCUGGGGGCGGGGUGGGUCGGCCAGGCGUGAGGACCGGCUCUCCUGCUCACCAGUUCCGCGUGAACUUGGCCUCGGAGGCCUCCGGAAGGCUAGCCAAAGGAGAGCCCCAGCGUUUGGAAAACGAAGCAGAAGCCGUUGAGUCAGCGGCGAGCCUGUUGAAAGAACCCACACCUGUGUUUUACAGCACUUUGGGUGGAAAUUGGAUGCGAAAAUGAAGCCAGACCGAGAUACUCUGGAUGAGUACUUUGAAUACGAUGCAGAGGAGUUCUUAGUCUCUCUGGCCCUGCUGAUAACUGAAGGACGGACACCUGAGUGCUCUGUGAAAGGCCGAGCAGAGAGCUUCCACUGCCCUCCAGCGCAGUCCUGCUACCCAGUGACUACCAGGCAUGAAUGCAGCGACAAGCUGGCCCAGUGUCGCCAAGCCAGACGAACCAGAUCUGAGGUCACAUUGUUGUGGAAAAAUAACCUUCCAAUCAUGGUCGAAGUGAUGCUCCUGCCUGACUGCUGCUAUAGCGACGAUGGACCUAGCACAGAAGGGACCGAUCUGAAUGACCCCGCUAUUAAACAAGAUGCAUUACUGUUGGAAAGGUGGAUCUUAGAGCCAGUUCCUCGACAGAAUGGAGACCGGUUCAUUGAGGAGAAGACUCUUCUGCUGGCCGUUCGCUCGUUUGUGUUUUUUUCUCAGUUAAGUGCUUGGCUGAGUGUUUCUCAUGGUGCUAUUCCACGAAAUAUUCUUUACAGAAUCAGUGCUGCUGAUGUGGACCUGCAGUGGGAUUUUUCACAGACUCCAACCGAGCAUGUGUUUCCUGUUCCUAAUGUCUCUCACAAUGUGGCCUUGAAAGUCAGCGUUCAGUCCUUACCCAGACAAUCUCAUUACCCGGUUUUGACCUGUAGUAUUCAUACUAACAUUGGCCUUUAUGAGAAGAGAAUUCAAGAACAUGAACUUAAAGCCAAUCAGCACCGAGGUCCUGGUGAACCAGAGCAGCAGCAUAGUCCCAACAGUUCACAGCGUCUGUGUGACAAACACACAUGGACCAUUUCACCCGAGAGUGAACUGCAUGUCAGAAGUGGCACAAAUCCAGAGUAUUCUGUGGCCAUCCAAAACGUCAAACUCUACCCAGGCACAGCUAGCAAGUCCAACUAUGGGGCGUCUCAAGCCGGUGUCCUGGGCUUCAGUGGCGCAGGAGAGGUAAGGCCACAGGAGUCAUCGGUGAGAACUUUAAAAUCAUUCUCGGUAAUGGAUUCCAGUGUCUCCAGCUGCCAGAGCUCCUGGCAGUCAGUGGGGGAGCCCAACCCUUUAAUAGACUCUUUGAUUCAGGAUCGACAAGACGUCAUUGCCAGGAUCGCUCAGCACUUGAUCCACUGCGAUACAAGUUCCUCCCGUGUGUCUGGACAUCCCUUUAACACUCAGGACUCUGGUUCACUUAGCUCAAAACUUUACCGAGUUUCACAAGAAAAUGAGAAUGUGGGAAGAUGUAAAGAGGCUUUCUCCGUUUCCUUUGGGAGUCCAGAGUUUACCUCCUCUGAAGACACUACUGAGGGGAAAAUUCGAGUGAAAUCAGAAACUCCGAGAGGUGAAAGCUGCAUUUCUAAGGGUCUCCACCCUCGCCUCAGUAUUGGAGACGCGAACCCUCUGAUUGGCUCUCUGCUGCAGGAGCGGCAGAGCGUUAUUGCCAGGAUCGCACAGCACCUGGAGCACAUCGACCCCGGGGCUCACAUUCCUAGGCCAGCAGUCAGCAAGCAUGACUCCAAUUCCAUUCCUUCUAAAGUGUUCAGGAGUUCAUAUGAAGACAAAAACUUGUUGAAGAAAAACAGGGAUAAUGUCCCUGUUUCUGCUUCUCAGCCAGAAAUUUCCUUGUCGGGAGACAGCAGCAAUGGGAGAAGCCCAGUACCUAGUAACGGCCUGGGUUCUUUCAGAUGCAGUCAGAAAGAAAAGUCGUCUUUGAAACCUCAAGUAAGAACUCAGUGUCAGAACAGGCCUGAUGAACUCCUGCAGGGCUCGGGUCGGGAGACCCAGAGCAAAGCUGCUAGUCUAUCAACGGGCUCCUCAAAGAGAUCUCACUGCAAUGAAAAUAACUUGUCUUUGAUAAACAGAUUGGAAAAUACACCUUGUGAGUCACAAUUUAAGGAGCAAGAAAUUAGCCAUGAAAUUGACAAACAGUGUUCAAAUAACAACAGUAUUGGCAAGAAUGUUUGCACAAAUAAAUACAAGGAGAAAAUGAAAAAUGUGAAUUAUAAUCUAGAAACUUUUGAUAAUCUCCAAUUUGAUAAUCCCACAAGUAUUGACUCAAAAAUAAAAGUUACUAUGUUGGAAGUAUCUGAAUAUUUAAAAAAGUAUGAAAAUAAGUGCUCAAAUAAAGACUCAAAAAGGCCAAAGACAUGUGAGCAAAAUAGUCUACUAAGUAGCACAGAAAAUUAUCUCAAUAAAGAUACUAAAGACUUUAAAUGCAAAAUGUCAGACCAGCAAAAAACUGAGCAGGAUAAGAAAGAAGAGUCAAUUAAUGAAAAAUCUCAAAACUGUUCUCAAAGGAAAAGUACAAAAGACUGUUUGUCUACGAGUGAACGGCUGAAAACUACAGAAGUGUUGAGGGCUGCCCUGAAACAUUCAAGUGUCUGGCAAAAGCAUAAUUUUCAUUCCUUGGAUGGAACCGCAACCAGAGCCUUCCAUCCUCAGACUGGAUUGCCUCUUCUUUCAAGUCCUGUUCCUCAAAGAAAAACACAGUCAGGUUGCUUUGACCUGGACACAUCGCUGCUGCACCUGAAAAGCUUGUCCUCCAAAAGUCCACGACCAUGUGUGAACAUCAAAGUGGAUCCAGAUAUUCAUGAAAAACCUUUUCUGAGUUCCAGUGCUCCGCCGAUUACAAGUCUUAGUCUCCUAGGAAAUUUUGAGGAGUCUGUUUUGAAUUACCGUUUGGACCCUCUUGGCACAGUUGAUGGCUUUACUGCCGAGGUGGGAGCCAGUGGUAUUUUCUGCCCCACGCAUUUGACUCUUCCAGUUGAAGUGUCAUUCUACAGCGUUUCAGAUGAUAAUGCUCCCUCUCCUUAUAUGGGUGUGAUUACUUUAGAGUCCCUUGGUAAAAGGGGUUACCGAGUACCUCCUUCAGGAACGAUACAAGUGACCUUAUUCAAUCCUAAUAAGACUGUGGUGAAGAUGUUUGUUGUGACGUAUGAUUUACGAGAUAUGCCAGCCAAUCAUCAGACAUUCCUACGACAAAGAACUUUUUCUGUUCCUGUUAAACAAGAAAUGAAGAGAAGUAUUAACAAAGAGAACAUCCAACAUACAGAACGAUUACUACGCUACCUCAUACAUCUGAGGUUCCAGAGUUCCAAAUCUGGGAAGAUCUACCUCCAUAGAGACGUUCGGCUCCUGUUCUCUAGAAAAUCCAUGGAGGUUGAUAGCGGUGCUGCGUAUGAACUCAAAUCUUACACUGAAUUGCCAACAAACCCUCAGUUUUCACCAAGAUGUUGAUGAGGCGUGGCAGCUUCAAGUAUUUGCUCAGUACCCAAGCUUGAAAGUGAGCGUUAGCAUAGAAUGGAGUAUACCAAAUCAGCAGCCGGGAGACUGGUCCCCCCCUGUUGUCCUGGACCAGAUUUAUUAAAGGAUUCCUGAAUUGAGCUCCGCAAUUCCAAGCAGACUGGAAGCACUUGUGUCCUCAUCCUUUCUGUUGAAGCCACUUCAUUAGACAGUUGCGAUAGCAAAAUCCCCAGUUAGAUUAGUGUUUACACAUUUUAUUUCUGUUAUUUAAUAUUUAAUGUUUUCCUCAAUACCCAAGUGAUGUUUGUCUCUAGUGUUCUAAUGUAGCACAAUCCUAUGUAAAAUCAUAUUAUGUAUUUUUGACAUUAAUGUUGAAAUCUGAAAUAUAUGCACAAGUCUUUAAUUUUG